ACGUAAUCUCUAGGAGGAGGGAAAAAGUCAAAUUAAGAGAAACCGUGGAGUCUGGCAAAAAUAAGGAGGCGGCUGAUGGGUUUCUGGGGGUCUGCUUCUCAGAAUCUAGGCAGGGUCCCUCUUGAUCCCCAAAUAAACUCCCAGUAUUCUACUGGUAAUCACCAGAGCUGUUCUCUGUUCAGAGCAAAAAAAAUAAAAAUAAAAAAUCCAGCAGCGGCACAUUUUUGUGAGGCCUGUGAAAAAUCAAAACCACUUUUUGGCCCCAGCAGAGCCGUAGGCUGGACUUGUGGUGUUAUUAAUAACGUUUUUGGAAUGCAUGAGUCUGUCAGGACCCAGCACGAUGUUUACACAGUUUUCUGGCUGAAACUCUUUUAUGAAGAAAGAAGGAGAGCUCAGAAAGAGGGGAAGAAGCCAUGGAUCCUGUGGUCUGCUUAGUAGCUGCAUUGCUCUUUAUCGAGACCCAGAGCUGCCCAGACGUCUGCAGCUGUUUUGCCAGGAAGACAUACAACAGCUACAUUGCAGACUGCUCUUACAAAGAACUUCAAGCAGUCCCCAUUGACCUGCCCUCUAAUGCCACAACCCUGACUCUGUCCGUCAACCGCAUUACCUCCCUCCAGGAGGACUCCUUCUUGGAUGUGGCUGAGCUGCAAGCCCUGUGGCUGUCGUACAAUGAGAUCAGGGCAGUGCAGAAGGGCACCUUUGCCUUCCUGGUGCAGCUGAGAGUCAUGGAUCUCAGUUACAACCAGAUCGGAGACUUCCCCUGGGGGGACCUGUCCAACCUCACUGCUCUCCAGCAGCUGAAGCUCAGCAGCAACCGCUUGGAGAAGGUUCCUUUGGAGGCCUUCCACACGCUCAGGGACCUAAAGUCCCUCUGGCUUAGCGACAACAGGCUCACCGUCCUCUCCGAGGGCACCUUUGACUCCAUGCCAUUGCUCUCCCAGCUCCAGAUCCAUAACAACCCAUGGAACUGCUCCUGUAAGAGCUGGUGGUUGAAGAGAUGGCUGGAGGACACGCUGGUCUCCAUCUCGGAGAAGGACUCCGUCACCUGUGCCACUCCGGAGGGCCUGAAAGGUCUCGUCCUGGGAAGAACCCUGCAGCUAGACUGCAUGCUUCCCUCUGUGCAGCUGGUUUACCAGUCCAGCUUGGGCAACAGUGUAUUGCAUGAUGGACUCACGCUCCUCUUGCACUGUAGGGCUGUGGGCAAGCCGCCGCCAGAGCUCCGGUGGAAAAUCCAGACGCCCAGUUGGAAUAUAGCCAUUAAUGGGCCCAACGUAGAAGGAGAAGGGGACAAGGUCCUUGCCGACUCCAAGCAGAGCAAAGAGCGCUUCCUGGUCUUCAGCAAUGGCUCCAUGGCCAUCCCCAUGUUUAGCAAGACCGACGAAGGCCUCUACACUUGCCAGGCCAUGAAUGAUGUCGGUUCUCGUGAGGUCUCAGUCAACGUGGCUUUGGCCAGUGCAGAAAGCCCCACCGAGGAUCUCCUCCAGAACACCAUCCAAGCCAGCAAGCCCAGAACCAAGACGUGCGACAAGGAAGAGCUUCUCAAGCCUGAAGAAAAAGUUGUGUUCAUCUACCUUACUCCCGUCGUGCCAAAGACCAGCAACAGCGGGGGGACCAUCUGGGAGGCAUGGCCUUGGGGAAGCUUGUCUCUGCUUUCCUUGCUGGUCCUUUGUAGCUAAGCACCUCGAAACCACCAUCGCUUACAACAGUGGGGUCCUAACCACUGUUCCCUCUAACAGGGAUUCCAAGAUGUUGUUCACGACAACUCCCAGCACCUCCAGCGGCAGUGGCCUUUGGCUGGGAAUUAUGGGAAUUGUAGUCAACAACAUCUGGGAAUCCCUGUUGGAGGGAACACUGGUGGUAUUCCAGAUGUUGCUGAACUAUAGCUCCCACCAUCCCCAGCUGCAAUAAAUUUUAGAUGGGUAUGAUGGGAGUUGUAGUUCAGCAAUAGCUGGAGCACUACAGGUUGGGGACACCUGACUUAUAGAAACAUAGGGCUACAUUAUCUCAGGAGAGGCUGAGACUUUCCAUUCAUAUCACAUUAAUCAGAUCACCAAUUAUACCGGGGUGUUGAACCAGAUUCAUACCCACACAUAGAUCAUCAUAUACAACUGUUGCAAUCCUAUCUGUUUCUAGGUCCUCCUGAGUAAAGCAUUGUGCUGGUAGUAUGAGUGAUGUCUAGCUAACUAUUGAUGCUAUUAAGAUGCUGGUUCAGGGAACAUUUAGCCACUUGUGUGUGUUUAACCCAGUUCAUCGUGGAGGGAUGGGCAAAAAACGUACCUUCUGCCGCUAAGGAUAUAUCCUUGCCCACCUGUAUUGCGAGAGCCUAUUACAGAAUUGAUCCUAAAUGGCACUUUAUUUCCCAUUUCCUCCACCAUAUUCUCAGGUGGUGAUCAUGGAGGGUGGGGGGUGGAGGGGCGUGUUUCAGGAAUUUCUCAAGCAGGUCUGAGCAGUGUUCCCUCUAAUAGGGAUUCCCAGAUGUUGUUGACUACAACUCCCAGAAUCCCCAGCUGUAAUGGCUUUUGUUUGGGGACUAUGGGAGUUGUAAUCAACAACAUCUGGGAAUCCCUGUUAGAGAGAACACUGGGUCUCAGAAACUGUGAGAUGUUGCAGUUGGCUUCCAUUUCCUCCCACUGGCUCUCAGAAUGACACCCACAGCCUCCACCACCAAAGAGUGGUAGAUUAUCUCUUUGAAAGUUUAUUAGAACAGGAGUUCCCAACCAGUGGUCCUCCAGAUGUUGCUGAACUACAACUCUCAUCACUGGGAUGAUGGGAGUUGUAGUCCAUCAACAUCUGGAAGACCACUGGUUGGGUCCAGUGUUCUCUCACACAAGGAUUCCCAGAUGUUGUUGACUACAACUCCCAUAGUCCCCAAGCAGAAGCCAUUGCAGCCGGGGAUUCUGGGAGCUGUAGUCAACAACAUCUGGGGAUCCCUGUUACAGGGAACACUGGUUGGCUUCCCAGAUGUUGUUGACUACAAACUCCCAGAAUCCCCACUCAAAGGCCAUUGCAACUGGGAAUGACUGGAGUUGUAGUCAACAACAUUGUUCCCCCCUGAAAUUGGCUUGUUUAAUCUUUCAGCACUUUUGAAUUUUGGCAAAUCUGUUUUUAAUGGAAUUUUCAGAGCGGGACUAGAAGGAGAUCUCUUCCCUUAUUCAUAAUGCCAAUUUCCAAAUGGAAGCACAUGCAAAUGUAUAAAAUGUGCUCAAUGCAAGAUACAGAUGAGUAAGCAAGUGUUCCAGUCCUAGGCAAGAGACUAGGUAGAGGUAAAGCGUGCUGUCGAGUCGGGGUCGACUCCUGGUGACCACAGAGCGCUGUGGUCGUCUUUGGUAGACUACAGGAGAGUUUUACCAUUGCCAUUUCCCACACAGUCUGAGAUGGUGCCUUUCAGCAUCUUCCUAUAUCGCUGCUGCCCGAUAUAGGUGUUUCCCUUAGUCUGGGGAACAUAGCAGUGGGGAUUCGAACUGGCAACCUCAGGCUUGCUAGUCAAGUCAUUUCCUCGCUGUGCCAUUAGGUGUCUGCCUAGGCAAGAGACUACAGCCAGUCAAACAAAGCCAUGCGCUAAUAAUUCAGCACUGCAUAUGGCAGGGCUGGGCAAACGGCCCUCCAGAUGUUGCUGGACUACAACUCCCAUCAACCCCAACCACAAUUUAUUGAGGCUGGGGUUGAUGGGAGUUGUAGCCCAGCAACCGCUGGAGGGCUACGUUUGCCCUGCCCUGGCAUUUGGCCUCAAACCUUUUCAAAAAGACAUUGCCGGUAUUUUGUACAAAGGGUCUCUACUAAACACUGAGCAGUUAAUUGCCUCUAGGCAUCACUUGCACAAAAAAGCUGCAAAAUGGUGCACUUGUUUCAAGCAGUCAAUAAUAAUGGUUAACAACGCAAACAUUUCCAUGCAAUGCUUCCAAGUGAGGGAUCCCUGCAUAGCAGUUUCACACAGCCGCCAUUUUGAGACGGCCAGAAUGGGAAAAAUCACCAUCAGAACUUUCAGCAUUUAGCCAAGGAUCCAAACCAUUCGUGUGCCUUUAAAAAACAAACCACAAACAAUCAAUCACAACCUAGAAACUUUUUGUGAUCUAUCGAUCUAUCUAUAUUUUUCUUAGGCGGACCCAUUGCUAAUCCCAUGUGUGGCAGCUCUCGUGAGAGUUUGUGAGCAAGCUUCCGGCAGGGGAAAAGGAAAGCGGUGGCACCGGAGGCAAGGCGGAAAACAAAAAUGGCGGUAGCCGGGGGCACAAAGCAAUGGUGGUAGCAGGAGAAAAUGGUGGUGGGGGUGGGUGGGCCAGGGGAGAAAAUUACGGCGGCGGGCGGGGGGAGGAAAUGUCAGUGGGGGCCAUGGGCAGGGGAAGAACAGCAGCGGUGGGCAAGAAAAUGGUGGAAGUGGGUGGGAGGGCAGACUAGGGGAGAAAGUGGCUAGUGGUGGCAGUGGGCAGGCGGGGAAACUAGAGGUGCAGAUGCUCUGCGUCUGGCCAAAAUAGUAUAGAGAUGUUUUGUGAAGCAGAGAUGAGUGUGUAUACAAAAGGCCUGUUCACACAAUCACCAACAUCAAGGUGCGAGGCAUUGUGCCCUAGUUUGCAUAGUUGUGUGCACUCACAAAAAUCCCUCCAACCCAGGUGGCUGAAAGCAAGGUAGCCCAGCUUUUGUAUCCUGCUCUUAAGAAAGGUAGGUGGUGGGGAGAGCUUUCCUACCUUGCUUUUGUGGUUGUGUGUAUCUACUUACCUUUUUUUUUUGCAGCAGUUCUGGAAACUCUAGAGAGAGUUGUGGCUACAGGGCCUGCCAUCAUGAAUGUGCCACUCUGCAAAACAGACUCUAUGAUCGUAAGCUGCAGACGUUGCAGCAGGGCUAGGCCUGCCUCCUGCUUCUUUGUGGCCAAUCAGAGGGCAGCUGCUGAUGUGAUGAGACUUUCUAGUCUUCUGGCAGCACAGUGCAUGCUGGGAAGGCCUGCAAGGCCUUUGGAGGACUUUCUAUGCUUCCAGCUCCCGGACUCAGCUAUGGACGCCUUGCCUGGCUUACUUUUGUCUUUCCUGAGUUUGCUGACACAAACAGAGAUCCUGCUCUGAUGUUGCUAUUGGGAUAGUUGCUCUCUAACCCUCCAACCCAGUGUUCCCUCUAACAAGGAUUCCCAGAUGUUGUUGACUACAACUCCCAUAGUCCCCAAGUAAAAGCCGUUGCAGCUGGGGAUUCUGGGAGUUGUAGUCAACAACAUCUGGUUAUCCCUGUUAAUGGGAACACUGCUCUAACCCACCUCGAAAUGGUCAUGUGAAAGGCCUGAAGUAUCUCUAUCUAUUGCAUCAUACAAAUGAUUUUCAGAGUUGUUAUAUGCAAAGUUCAUUGUGAUUCUUUUUACUAUGCAAUAACUCUUUCUUUUACCAUGUAAUGAUAUGCAUUUUGUAAUUAAAACAUGAAAGGGA